GCGAGCUGAGGCGGCGAUUCCUCCAGAAAGUGAGCGCUCGGGCUGGCUCUGCGCGCCUGAGGAGACUGGUCCACCGAGGAGGAGCGGGGCUUUUCGCCGCCGCCCUCGGAGCUUUCUCGAGAUACCUCAGCUUUGCCUAGUGGAGGGGGCCGGAGGAGCCCGCUGGGCCCUUUGGGGCUUGCGCGGCGCGCGGCCGCCGGGACGUCCCCAGGCGUGGCGGGCUGGGCCGACCCUCGGCUGUAGGACUCAAACCCUCAGCCCUAAUGCCUCCAGGAGCCAAGCUGAGUGGGUGCGGAUGGUUGGAGCUGUGGCAGUGUCCCUCGGUGCCAAGUGCAGCCAGAACUCCGGUCACUUAAGUUGUAUGUGUGCAAGUUGCAAGGACUGUGUGUUAGUCUGGUAUAGUUUGGCCUCCUGAAGUCCUGCUUAAGCAAGAAAGAAGUGGGAAAUACUCUUGGAAAAAAAACCUAGAACGAUAAAAAAGCCAGAACUUACUUUUACAUGGUUGUCAACUCAGUUACCAGUAUGGACUCUUUUCCUCCUGGUGGAGACAAUGGACUGACAAAUUCUCAAUCUGAGUUCCAAAAAAUGUUAAUUGAUGAGAGGUUACGAUGCGAGCAUCAUAAAACUAAUUAUCAGACUCUGAAAGCUGAACACACAAGGUUGCAAGAUGAGUACAUAAAGUCACAAAAUGAACUUAAACGCCUGUUAAAUGAAAAGCAAACUCAGCAGGAAAAAUUUCAGCUGCUGUUUGAAGAGCUAAAAGAAGAAUUAUUACAGAAAACUAAAGACUUAGAAGAAAUAAAGGCACAGGUAUUAACUCCGCAAAAGUUGGAAGUAUUAAGAUUUCAAAUACAGCAAGAAUUAGAAACUCCAAUGAGAGAACGUUUUCACAAUCUGGAUGAAGAGGUGGAAAAGUAUAGAGCUGAAUAUAAUAAGCUUCGCUAUGAACACACUUUCCUCAAGUCAGAAUUUGAACACCAGAAAGAAGAGUUUGCACAUAUUUUAGAAGAAGAAAAAAUAAAGCAUGAAGCAGAGAUUGUAAGACUGGAGAAAGAUAAAGAAGAACUGCGUAACCAGCUGCUUAGUGUUGAUCUCACAAGAGACAGCAAACGAGUGGAGCAACUUGUUCGAGAAAAAGUUCAAUUGUGUCAGAAAUUAAAAGGUUUAGAGGCUGAAGUAACAGAAUUAAGGGCUGAAAAAGAGAAUUCUGAUGCUCAGGUAGAAAGUGCCCAAAGAAUACAAGUGCGGCAGUUGGCUGAGAUGCAGGCUACGAUCAGAUCCCUGGAGGCUGAAAAACAGUCAGCUAAACUACAGGUCGAACGCUUGGAAAAAGAACUACAAUCAAGUAAUGAACAAAACACCUUUUUAAAUACUAAAUUACAUAAAGCUGAACGGGAAAUAAACACAUUGACCAGUACAGUAAAAGAACUGAAACAUUCAAACAAACUAGAAAUAACAGAUAUCAAACUGGAGGCAGCAAGAGCUAAGAGUGAGCUAGAAAGAGAAAGGAAUAAGAUUCAAAGUGAACUGGAUGGAUCACAGUCAGACAAUGAAAUUCUCAAAUCAACUAUUGAACACCACAAAAUGCUCUUAGUAGAAAAGGAUCGUGAAUUAAUACGUAAAGUACAAGCUGCCAAGGAAGAAGGUUAUCAAAAACUUGUGGUAUUGCAAGAGGAAAAGUUAGAACUUGAGAGCAGAUUAGCAGAUUUAGAGAAAAUGAAAGUGGAACAGGAUGUCUUGAAGCAAUCGGAAAAGGAUCAGUGUGAAGAGAAAUUGCGGGCUUCACAGAUGGCAGAAGAGUCGGCCAGAAGGGAACUUCAGAGUAUUAGGUUAAAACUUCAACAGCAAAUUGCGAUUAUUGAAAAUGCAGAGAAAGAAAAAAAUGAAAAUGCUGACCUGAAACAGCAAAUCAGUCAUUUGCAGAUCCAAGUGACCUCACUUUCACAGUCAGAGAAUGACUUGCUGAAUUCAAACCAAAUGCUGAAGGAAAUGGUGGAAAGGUUAAAACAAGAAUGCCGAAAUUUAAGAAGCCAAACUGAAAAAGCGCAACUAGAAGUUGAAAAGACCUUGGAAGAGAGACAGAUACAGUGGUUGGAAGAAAAGCAUAAGCUUCAUGAGCGUAUCGCAGAGAGAGAAGAAAAGUACAAUCAAGCCAAAGAGAAACUCCAGCGAGCUGCCAUUGCCCAGAAAAAGAGAAAAUCUCUUCAUGAAAACAAAUUGAAGAGACUGCAGGAGAAAGUAGAAGUCUUGGAGGCAAAGAAAGAAGAAUUGGAAACAGAAAAUCAGGUGUUAAAUAGACAAAAUGUUCCAUUUGAAGAAUAUACAAGGCUUCAGAAAAGACUAAAGGAUAUACAAAGAAGACAUAAUGAAUUUCGAAGUCUAAUUUUGGUUCCUAACAUGCCACCAACAGCAUCCGUCCAUCCUGUUAACUUUCAGUCAUCAGCCAUGGUUCUGGGCAUGGAAUCAUCUUUUCCUCCUCAUCUGCAGGAGGAACAGCAUCAAAGGGAACUCUCUCUACUUCGCAAAAGACUGGAAGAACUAGAAACAACACAGAGAAAACAACUAGAAGAAUUUGGAUCGCCUGGGGAUUGAAGUUCUUAGAUAAAAAGCAGACCAAAAGAGGUGAAAUCAGAGACUCAGUAAAGCUUGAAGGUCUCACAUUUGUAGCAGUUAGAUACUUUAUUACUGUUUGCCAAAAUACUUGAACGUGCCUCAGGAGAAGGUGCCAGCUACAUGCUGUAUUGCAGAACUAUCAUUAAGAUUUUACCAUUAUACUAAUGAAGACAAGUGAUGCCUUAAAGGAAAGAUUCAGAGAAAUUUGGAAUAUUUGAUUACCCUUUGAGGAUGUAAAACAAAAACUAAAUGGAACUAAUUAGAGAAUCAAGCUUCAAAAUUGUUUAUUAAUUUUACUUUGUUGAAUUUUUUUUUUUUUGCCUGAAAUACGCCCAUCUUGAAAUCCCUUUUCACUUUGAGAUGCUUGGCACAAACAGUAAAUAUCUUCUGAUUUACUGUAUAUAAAAACUAUGAACUAGUUUUUGAAGAAAGAUGACAAUUUAAAAGUCAACAUAAUGAGACAAAGGCAUCUCUGUUCAUUACAAAAGGCUACCUUUUCUAAAAACUAAAUAAUUUA